UCCCGAUAAAGGCUCUGCUCAUGAUAAUGAUGAUGGUCCGAACCUGUGACCUUAAAAUUUCCUGAGCAUUUCGGAAGAGUAGGUGUCCACAAUGCAGAUUUCCUGCCUGGAACGUCCAUGUCACAGGCAGGAUAGGUGAAUCGUGGAACAGUGAAUGUGCAACCAUCAAUAUUUGCAAGGGUCGGUGCAGGGACGUGACAGGGUCCUGGCCUGCAGGAAUCCCAUGGUUAUUGGGCGUGCAAGGCGAAUCUGGUUUUUUUGUGUGUGAGUGUUUCGUUACGGUUAUGGCUGGGAGAGGUCCGCGUCCUACUUCAUCAGUUCUCACACCGUACGCUGCACCAGUCAACUCUGAUUCCGAGUCUGAUCAUGAGACGCCUAGUCGUCCGCCGCAGCAGCAACCACACUUACAAUCACGUAGAGGUAGAGAAUGGAUCAACGACGAAGAAUGGAUAAUUAAUAUUCCGGAGACUUCCGAUGUUACUGACCUCCGGUCACCGUCGGAUGUGUCCAUAUUCAGAGUUCCCGACUUCCUGAAGGAAUGAAUAAGAGGAGCGUAUGUUCCUAAAAUGGUUUCGUUGGGUCCAUACCAUCACAGUGAUGAACACCCUUUUCCAAUGGACAAGCAUAAAGAAAGAGCCCGUAGUAGAAUGACGGCGAGGUUCAAUAUUAACCACCGCGACAAGGAUCUAACUAAUGAGGAUUUUUCCCCUAGUGCAAUACAGGAGAUCUUGAACCUGGACGGCGAAAUCAGGAAGAGCUACGAAUCAAAAAUCAAUUGCAAUGCAGAGGCCCUCGCCCUGAUGCUAUGUUUGGACGGUUGCUUCAUUCUGGAAAUAUUGAGGACUCUGGGUAGGGAUAAAUUCCCCGUAGCGGAAGCGGUUAAUUACUAUGAACCUAUUUUUGAGAGAUAUAAGAUUGAUUAUACUGGAUUUCAUAUACUGAACGAUAUUUUGAUGCUUGAAAAUCAAAUCCCUUUGAUCAUUCUCCAAAAGCUGCUUCAAUUGGAGCUCAAGCCAUCAGAUAAUGUCGAGAAAAAGAUUUUCGAAGUGCUAGUGAAAUCUCCAAGGUCCAAGUUCUACCCUUUCAAAUAUGAUAUCCCGGAAAAUUGGUCUUUGCAGUUGCCGCAACAGCAAGUUCAUCAUCUACUGGGUUUGUUGCACGGCCUGAUUGUGUCUCCACCAUGUCCCGAUGAUGGUAUUGGUGACCGUUCAGAUCAGAAGAAAGACCCGAAUCAUGUGAGGCGCAUCCCUCGUGCGGUGGACUUAAGAAAUGCUGGGAUCAAAUUUGAGCGACGCCUUGGAGGCAUCAAAAGGAUUAAAUUUGAGAAGAAGAGUGCCACAAUUUAUCUUCCUCCCAUCCAAAUCACAGACUACACACAGGUGCUUUUCCGUAACCUAAUCGCUCUUGAGCUGUGUAAGGCAUUUGAAAUCAAUUACGUGACGUGCUACCUGAGUUUGAUGGACGCGUUGAUCGACUCAGAAGAAGACGUGGCUGUGCUCAAGAAAAGUGAGAUCGUUAUAAACUACCUUGGGAGCGAUACAAAGGUUGCCGAACUCUUCAAUGCUCUAUGCGAUGGAGUGACCGUGAGUCGGAAAGAUGCCUUCCGGGAACUGAAAGGACAAGUCUAUAAGCACUACAAAAGUAAAUUCAAGGUAUGGUUGGCAGAGCUUGUCAAGGAGCAUUUCUCGUCGCCUUGGACAAGUUUAGCUUUAGCCGGGGCAGUUCUUGCACUCGUGCUUACACUUUUGCAAACUAUCUACGCAAUGAAGUAAGUUUAACAUCAUAUUUUGAAGUUUUCAUCUCAGUUUCUUCAAUUAAAUUUAUCAUCUUUUAAGGUGAUUGUAGAUUAGUUGCCUGUUUGCUUGCUUUGUCCAAAUGCCAUCAUUAUGAUUGUGAUUAUAAUGAUGAUGGAAUAAAGAGUUUAGUUGUUUCUAGUGAUUUUCACCCAGUAUCCUGCUGGCUAGCUGUUGCCUGUAGCAAGUACUAAACUGUGGAGGGUGAAUUCAGUAGAACAAGCUCUUGAAUACUAUUUAAGCUAGGUGUUUAUUUGGUUCCAUGGCUUGUAUGUAUUUUUCUUCAUUGCAGAAGAUAAUCCAAGGAGUGCAAAUCCCAACACAGUUAAAAAAUAUUGUGUUUUUUC